GGGGCCUGGGGCCGCCCCACGGCACCCCGUGCGGCCUCCCCACCGCUCGGCAGCUGGAGCGACUCCCCCCGCAUAGCCGGCCCGGCCUGCAUCUCUCCCCUCGCCUCCCCGAAGCGCUGGGGCUUUCUCCUGGGAAAGACGAAGGAGCUGCUAGGGGCGGCCUCCGGCGCCCAUCUGCGCGGUGACCUGGCCGGGCCGGCGGCCCGGGGCCGGGCGCGGCGGCUGCCCCGUCGGAGGGAAGGCCGAUAGUAAAGCUAGCAGCUGUUUCUUCUGGUCUGCAAUGUGCAUCUAUUACUGUAUAUGCAGCAACAGAAAAGGAAUCAAAAGCCCAGCUGAUGAAACCAAAUCAGCUUCCAAUUUACUGUUCACCACCUCUGAAAUCUAAAUAUGUUGAAGAGCAACCUGGCCGUUUGCAGAAGGGAUUUUCUUCAGUAAGAAAGACAACCAGCCACUAUAUUGGGUGGUGCAAGAAUGCUUUUGUCUCUGUUAAAAAUGGAAUAAUGGAUUCAAUUCAAUUUGGAAAAGAUGCUUAUGUUUACCUCAAGAAUCCGCCACCAGAAUUUCUUCCCAAAGUUGGAGUAAUUACGAUAUCAGGCCUAACUGGCAUAGUGCUGUCAAGAAAAGGUUCCAGAUUUAAGAAAAUGGUUUAUCCACUGGGACUUACUACUUUAGGAAUUUCAGUUUGUUACCCAGCUCAAUCAGUAGUAAUUGCUAAGGUAACGGGGAAAAGGGUGUCUUCUGUAAGCCAUCAGACAUAUGAAGCAGUACAUUCACUGUGGGUGAAAAAGGAAGAUAUCACUAAGCUGCAGCAAGAGUCAAAAUCACUUGCACAAGAGGAUAAGAAAAAGAAAGAAAUUUCUAAUGUGUCACCUGAAUCUGCUGUGAAGUCAAGAUCAUUUGACAGACCAGAAUCUUCUCCAGAAGAGUCCUCAAAUACUAAAGAUCCAUUGCCUUCGUUAGCUGAAUUAAAAGUUCCCAAUAUAAUCUCAGGGGCAGUGAAGACUACAAAAUUUAAACCUGACCCAGCAUUUAUGGACCAUGGUCAAUCCAGCCCAGAAGAUGUGGAUAUGUACAGUACUAGAACCUAAGACAUCUGCUUACAAAUCGUUGCAAAAUAUUAAAGAUAAGGGGUAGGGGAAAGGGCAAGAAGUAAUCCUUGUGAUACAUACCCUGUAAGGUAUAAUUUAAUAAGGUAUUUUCUUAUAUCCCGAUUUGUACUGUUGAUUUAUGUGACUGUAUUUAAUGAACAUUUUGUUUUUCACUACUAAGAGGCAGUUAACAGACGUGUUAUGCGUGAACAGUAAUUAUCUACUGAGAAUUAGUGAGAAUUCACUCAUUAUCAGUGUCAUUAGUGAGACACUGAAAAAAAUGAUAUUUGUCAGUGUCCUCACAGUGAUGAUUGUGUGCCAAGCUUGUUAAUAAAUGUCACUUCACAAAGGGUGUUUAAAAAUGUAAAUAUCUCUAUACUUCUGCUCAUAUGUUCCUGAUUUAAAAAAAAGAAAGAAAGAAAGAAACCAAUUGAUUGAUGUGGCAGAGGCUUCUGGUUUCAGUUUUCUUUCAGCUCUUAAAUAAAGUGCAAUUGUAGUACUUAAGUCACCCUGCUCAAAUACUAGAACUAAUGUAUAGCCUAUAAAAGAUUUUUAGUUUUCAACUGCUUCUAAUACUCUGAAGAACUGCAUGCAAAUUAUCUAAUCCAUGAAACUGACAUUGUUUGAAUUUAAAUAGAGUGCACUAGUCAUGUUUAGAAAGUUGGAAACCACCUAUGGUUUGGAUGUUAAAAGUAGAAACCCUUUAAUUGGUUAAAGGUGCAGAUAAAUAUUUAAAAAAAUGCAGAAGUAGUAAUAAGCAAUGAACAUUCAAUUCCCUGGCAUUUGUAUGCCAUAUCCGUUGAUCUUGAUAGGAUUUCUGUGAAAUCCUAUCUUUUUGUCUAAGAGGGUUAGCAAUUGGUUGUUUACUAUAACGAAAUUUUCAAGCAUCAUUUUUAUGGUUGCGUGUAUCAUUCUAGUUUUGUUCAUCCUUCAUUUCUCUUCAAAACAUUCUUAAAAGGUUUGGAAUAGAUCUGGUGAUCUUGCCUGAGCAAAGCUCAGCUAGUUAUCCAUAUACAGUGAUAAUCAGCCUACUAUCUAGAGGUAAUCACAUUUGUAUCAACUGCAGUAUUUUUCUAAUAUGCAAACUGCAGAAGGACAUUGUACUGGUAGUUUGUCCUUUGAUCUAUUGAAUUGUCUUAUCUUUCAAUUAAUGAAAUAUAUGCCCCAUGCAAACAACAUUCCUAGUGUCGCUGUGGGACUAAAAAUUUGUUAGAAAGUAUUGCAUAGUGGAAUGUGCACAAAGCAUAAAUGAUGACUGAGCAAAAGCACAAGUGAGACUUGUAUAAUAGCCUCACUUAUGGUGAGAUUAUUCAGGUGUGGUUCAGGAACAGACUGUAUGUAUUGGUGUUUUGGAAUCCAAAUAUCAGGCAAAGUGGUGUAUCUAUAUGGAGUCCAAUGGAAAGUAGAAUAAGUACAUUAUGGGGUUUCAAGAAGAAUUCUGCUUUGAGUUCAGUUAAACUUGCUUGGGACAGCUGAGUUAGAACUAUAUGUGUUUUGUUUCUUUAAUCAGUUCUCAAGGCCUAGGCAACUGUCACAGUUCAGGCAGCAAUUAGAGGAUUUUAAAUCAAACUUCAAGGAACUCCUGGGCAAGAUAUAUCUGGUAUUCCAUCGGAGAAAGAGGAGUGGAAGAAUUAGAUGGCCAGGCUUCAUAUGCUAGCUCCAGGGAAACACAGGAAGACGUAAGGAUGGAGGUAAAGAUGAUGAAGAAAAGAUCAUUUUCAAGUGCAAGACUGGAUGGCAGAAAUCAUAUUAUGCAUUUCCAUAUCUCACCAGAUUCUGGAUUAAAAAUAUGGGAAAAAACCUUCUGCUCUAUUCCUAGAUUUUAUUUAAAUUAUAGCUGAUGUCCUUUGAGUGAUGUGCUACCAUAAGUCAACAGUAAAAGGUGAGAUGAUCUAGAUAAUUUGUAGGAGUUUACUGUGGUGUCAUAGUCUCACACUGUGUCCUGAAUAAUGCAGAGGAAUUACUUCUCGGUGAACAGGGGAAGAAGUAAUUUGGAUAGCAAAGGUAUGUCUGCCCUUUCCAGGCCAAGAGUGGAAUUUAAAAGCCUGCUCUCUACCUGUAGUGCAAAAUGGUAGUCUGUUCCUUUUCAUAUGUUGGGGCAUUUGUGCUUAUACAUCUUCUCAUGGUACAAUCUGCAAAAGGUACAUUGCUCUCCUGAUGGUUAAACUGCCUAGAACUAGAUGCUUCAUGUAAGCAGUUCCUGUCACAACCCUUGAUUUCCCAAGCAGUUCAUGCUGUAAGUGGACAUGCUGCACAAAGCUUUCUCUAAGCUGUAUUCAGUCUCAAAUUACUCCCCAUGGCAAAACUGCAAUAGAACUGUGCUUCAUGGUUAAAUGGGAAUUGAGCAGUCUCAGAUACCAUUUUCUAGGAAAUAACUUCAAAAUUAUUGCUCAUAUCCACAGCAAUGGAUGAUGAGUGUGAGAAAUACAGUUAUAGAGCUCAUAAAACAAUAUUACUGUGUGCAAUGUUAUUUCUUAUCGGUGAAAAUGAGGAGUGAGCCACGGCCUGAGAAUGUGAAAGCUUUUUUCCAGUAAUAAGGUUGUCUUCUGUCACUUUUGAGGUUUUUUUUGUUUGGUUGGGUUUUUUUUUAGUCACUUGUGAUUCCUUUAUAGUUGUUAUUCUCUACACAGGGUGGUAACUUUUUCAUUUUUCUAUCAACUGAUUAGUCAAUAAUACAAAAGUUCUUUAGAAAUCUUCACAUUUGACAAGCUGGGACUAAAGAGCUUGGGUUUCAAUGCAAGCUGGGACUAAAGAACUUGGGUUUCAAUGCAAGUUGAAACGAAUGCAGUCAGAGAAGACCUUUUCCCUAUGUGCAGCCAAACAAAAUGGGGGAAAAGUAUGAAAAACUUGGCAUCUUGUUUAGGUAUGUUCUCUCUUUCAGGAUGACAGUAGCUAAACUUUAAAUUGUAUUUCUGUGUCCUAGAAAAUGUGAAAGGAACUUUUCAGUAAAACCUGGUUUAUGAUACAUUGAAAUAAUGCUUUAGUAACAUCAGUCAAUCUUUUUCAUGUCCACCUAUGUGAGACAAAUUGUAAGAGACACUCAUCAUUCCAGAGGUACUUAAUACCCCCCAAAAAGAUGCAGAUAACUGCAGAGAUGUUUGGGCUGUAUUUGCUAAAAGGAAGGCAGAUUAUAUCAGGUUAUUAAUCUGAUUUUGUGCAAAUGAUGGAAGGGUGACUGUGACUCUUCGUUACUCAGCUGCCAUUCUGAGAAGCGUUUCUUUGUUGAAUCUGAAAAGGUGCCAGCCUUCUUCCGUUGAAAGAUCUGAAGCUCCACAUCUCAUAUAAUACUCCACAGAUGGCUUGUUCCAGAUAACUACAAGGAACUGCAUACAGCUACAGUUGGUCUGCAGUGUUGUCUGUUGGAAAGUAACAUAGUAAAGAUACUAUUCUACAAUAUUGAUAAUUAAAAAGCUGCAAAGAUCAUUGGCAAUAGCAUAAAGUGCUGACCACAGUAUUCUACUGUGGUGAAUUUUUGUGCUUGUUAACAAUUUGCUAAUGAUACAGUCAGAAACUGAAAGAAAUUUAUGUUUGACCCAAGUUCUCUAUAAAGAAUUCUUGUCAUCUUGUGUCGUAUUCAGAGAAAAGGUAGGAGGCUGAUUUAGACUACUGUGUUUAUAUACUAGGAGGAAGAAGGACAGUUUAAGCUUUAGUCCACAUUCUAAUGCCUGGGAAUUGUAAGGAUCAAAUAAGUGGCAAUGUAUCAUAUAUCAAAGUGUUGUCUCUCCUACUGUAGGCUAACAGUUACAGUUCUACUGUGUAAUCUAACUGCCUUCCUAACUCUCCUGAUUAUCCUUCCCUUUCCUCCGUUAUCAAGGAGGGUAAUGUUCAACAGCAGUUCUCGGAGUAGAAUAGAUGGAAAUGGCUGAUAAGGCCUUGCGGCAUUCUUUCAAAAAGCUCUGAUUCUGUUUAACUCUGUGUACCUGGUGAAUAGCACUUAUGCUAAAUGGUUGAAGAGUUAGGUGAAUAAAAAUGGGUGAUAUAUAAUGUAAGCAAUAGUUUAAUGAUACAAAAGGGGAAAGUAAGCAGAACUUCAGGAAAGAAAAUCCUCACUGGACAGUGGAGUGCCCAGUGGGUUAUAUAAAGCCUUCCCAAGGUGAAGGGAGAAAUCUGUUGGGAGAAGAAGGGCUUAGGAAUUAAUUUGGUGUUGGGAUUAAAACCAAUUAAAAAACCUCUUGAUGGGAGUAGUCUUGCACUGGUGGAAGUAGCACACCUACAUGGAAACUUGUAGCCACAUCUCUGUAUUAAUUUGUAGUAAAGAUACUAUGCAAUGUUUGUAUUGUUUGCAAUCUUGUUUUCUUUCCACUGAUCUUUUAAAAAGCAAAAUCAAAUGUGCAUUAUGCCAUGCUCAUGAAUCCUCAUUCUAAACAUACGUGCCUGGCUUAAUAUCUUUAAAAUUUCAGAUCCGAUGCCCAAACCUGUUAAAUAAUAGAAAAAUUAACACAUAAGUACAUGUGAAAAGUUGCAUUGUAGGACAUGGAUUUGUUUGUGAAACGCUUCUAUUGAUACAUUUGAGAGGCAUUUUAUAGUCACUUCAAUUACAGUUUGACCUAAAAAUUCAGUAGUUUCUUUCGCAUUACAAUAAUAUGCGCUACACUAUAUGUACACUACAUAGCACAAUGGUACGACAAAAAAUGAGAAUAUACGCUAAUUUUUAUGUAAUGUAGAUUAUACUUUUGAAGAAUAUGUCUUUUAAAGAACUGGGGCACAUAACGAUAUAAGGAAAUAUUUUUAAUUUACUGCAUGCUUUUCAUUUAUGGUUGAUUGUAUUAGUUAUGUGGAGAUUUUGGAUUAUUUAUAUUCCUUUUUUAAUUUACAGAAAAUUGAUUGUGAUACAUUAUUUUGCGAUAUCAUUGUGAAGCACCUGAACAUAAAGGGUGACAAGAUACUUAUUUUUGAAAAUGAAAUUUUGCUUUUGUAUUUUGUCUCAACUGUAGGGUAAAUUGUCAACCUUUUUUUUUUAAUGCAUUUUAAAAGUUAAUUGAUAAUCAUGAUUGAAUCACGUGUUUUGCUGCUAUUGGAAAAAAUCUUCACCAGUUAAGUUCUGAAAUUUCUGUGACCUGCAUUCCUGAAAUAAAUCGUCAAAGUGAUAUGCAGGAGAUAUUAA